AUGCCCAUUUCGCUUGAGCUCGAGUCAGUGGGCUCGACUUCUCCAUCCCGCGCGGGCAGUGCGAUAUCUUCUGCUGGCUCGUCCUGGGAGCUGGUGGGCUCUGAGUGCGGGGAGCUCCCUUUGUUCCUUGCUGGGCAGGCGCCGUGCCUGCCAGAGGGCGGGGGUCGAAUCCUCGCGACGGCGCGCUGCGGCGGGCCGCUCCUGGUGUUCCUCUGGACGCUCGUGACCGUGGUCCGUGACCCGCCGAGUCCUGAGGAGGAUCCGCUGGAGGGUGAGGAUUUCACGCCGGAGCGGGUGAUGCCAGUGGAGGUAUGGAGCCGACGCUACUACCGCCGGAGCGCGACGGAUGGCCAGGAGAUUUUCUUAGUUCGACGGAAGACGGGGAAUUGCUGGGCGGUCUUGCUGCCAGAUCUUUCCAUGGGGACCAUCACGAUCACUGCGAAGACGACGGUCUUCUCCGAUCCCGUGCCUGGGAUCCGCUGGCAAGCGCUGCCGGCUCUCACGCAGGUGCAGAAGAACAGUUUCAUGCAGCAAGCUACAGACGGGCUGCGAGCGGGUACUAUUCCAGCCCUGGAGUUGUAUCGACCGGGCCGUCAGGCCCAGCAGGCCGUCGCCAUCAACGUGGUCUAUGCGAUGGCCAGCUCGGCACGCUCUUCAUUGCGUACGCUGCGGUGGGCAUUGCGCUCGCCGUACCGUGUGCUGGGGCUGCUGGCGCUGGGUUUCGUGCUGUUCGAAGCUCUGAAGUACCUGGGGGUGGUGGAUAUGAUCGUGGAGACUUGGCUCGCGUUCGUGAGCUGGAUGGUGGCCUGUCGGGACGCGCUCAUCGAGUCGUCCGAGACGAUCCAGGAGUGGGUGUCCUACGGAGGCGAGUGGGUGGACUGGGCUCGGAAGCUCAUGCCGCUGCGUCGCUGGGCUGCUCUACUGUUAGCGCUCAUCCUGCUCAUGUUCUGGGCUCUCGUGGCCCAGUUGGACGACUUAGCCGAGUCUCAGAGGGCGAUGGCCGCGGAGUUGAACGAGAUCAGGAUUGCCGAGCGGGCUCGGGAGCUGAGGCGGUCGGCAAUGGUGUCCUCGAGCGCGGACCGUGGUGCCGAAGUGGCGGCCGCCAACCAGUUGCAGAUCCAGUCGAUGCUGAGCCGGCUCGACGAGUUCGAGGCUCGCCUGCAAGGGGACGGCCCCACAUCGCCGGCCCGCGGGGACGCGACGGUGCCCAUGGAGACUCCCGACAAACGUGCUGCUACAGAGCCCGCCGAGGCGGUGUCCUUGGCCAUCAAGCGGAUGAGGUUCAAGGCUCAGAUGCCGCAGCAGGUCUUCCUGGAGCAGCUGGAGGACUUCAAGGAGUGCCCGGCCUCGGAGUGGGCCACGAAGAUGCCGGAAGGCUACAGGGAGAGGAUCGCGCCGGACGUGCUCUCGGAGGUCUACUCGACCGGGAAGACGGCGGAGGCUUGGGCGAGGGACUACAUCAGGGAUCGUGGUCUCACCGAUUGCAACACCGCGCGGGAGAUGAUUGCGACCUUCGCGGCUGUGGACACGAUGCUCAUGACGGACCGCCAGAAGGGGCUCUUGAACCAGGUGAGCUUCGAGAGGCUGGUCCGCAAGGGGUACGCGUUGGUGAGGGCCUACCGCAAUGUGCACUGCCGGGACGACUGGAGCAGGCCCAAGGACGCCAAGAACUGGAAGUCCAAGGUCGACUGGGAGGCGGCGCGUCGCUUGGACCCGCAGCUGGCCGACGAGAGCACGAUCAGGGUCAUGAGUGCCGAGGAAGAGGUGAAGAAGGCAAUGGGUCGAGAUGCGCAGCUGAUCAAGGCACGCACGGACCUGGACGGCGGGUGUGCGAGCCCGCCUUGA